UGAUGCCCAUCUGAGCUGGCACGAGGAGAAGCCCGGAGCUGCCGCGGUCACCAGCUGGGCUCUCCAGGAGACAGGAGGGGAAGACAAAACCUCCCAGGCUCUCCCCCCCCCACCCUCCUCCCAGCUCUCGCCGACCCCCCCCUCCGCCCGCUCCCGCUGCCGCUGCGUCCAGUGAAGCGCGAGCAAUCCGGAGCGUCUCCCGGCAAGGAGAGCGCGUCUCCGGCGCGGUGCGGGGCGGCGGCGCGGGAGGCAGCGAACGCGGGCGCCCAGCUCCUGGGCAACUUGGUGGGAACUUUCCCGUCCCUCGGAGCCGAGUCAACAAGUGCGGCGGCCGGCUGCGGAGCGGAGCCAGCCCGGGGGCGCCGCAGGUCAGCCCCGGGGGCGCCGCGCCGGGGCCGCCUCUCCUCCCCGGACUCGUCGGGGGGUUCCGGAUCCGCCCCGCCCGGGCCCCGUCCCUGGAGAAGCUGCCGCCAUUCCCUCCAAAAGCGAAGACGGCUUCCUAGCCCUGGCCGCGUCCAGGCUGAGCCGCAAGAAGAGGGUGGUCGGGGCGGCCAUCGGGGUGGCCAUGGUCCUGCUCCUGCUCGUGGCCAUCCCGCUGCUGGUGCAUCGCUCCAGGGCCGCCUCGCCCUACGACGUGCUGGGCAGCUGCCACAUGGUCUGCGAGCCCCACACGCCCCAGACCCACGGGGCGGCCUCGGCCGAGGCCAGUCCGGAGCUGGCCGUCGUCUCCCCGCCCCCGGCCCUGCCGGGGGGCAAAGGCGACCCGGGGAGGAGGGGCAAGUCCGGGAUCCGGGGGCCGCCGGGCCCCCCGGGGCCGCCGGGGCCGCGCGGUCCCGCCGGGGAGCCGGGCAGGCCGGGGCCGCCGGGGCCGGGGCCGGGGGGCUACGUCCCCUCGCUCUACAGCCCCCGGAUCGCCUUCUACGCCGGGCUGCGGAAGCCCCACGAGGGCUACGAGGUGCUGCGCUUCGACGACGUGGUGACCAACGUGGGGAACUACUACGAGCCGAGCCGCGGGAAGUUCACCUGCCCCCUGCCCGGCAUCUACUUCUUCACCUACCACGUGCUGAUGCGCGGCGGGGACGGGACCAGCAUGUGGGCCGACCUCAUGAAGAACGGGCAGGUGCGGGCCAGCGCCAUCGCCCAGGACGCCGACCAGAACUACGACUACGCCAGCAACAGCGUCAUCCUGCACCUGGACGUGGGCGACGAGGUUUUCGUCAAGCUGGACGGGGGGAAGGUGCAUGGGGGGAACACCAACAAAUACAGCACCUUCUCCGGCUUCAUCAUCUACCCGGACUGAGCCCCCCGGACUGAGCCUGUCUGCCCCCCCAGCGUGGCCCCGGGGCCCCCCCGCACUGAGCCCGUCGGCCCCCCCAGC